AUGCUGUCAGUCUCACACAUCCUCCUCUACACAUGUGGGAUGUUUCAGGACUCAGUGGCCUUUGAGGAUGUGGCUGUCAACUUCACCUUGGAGGAGUGGGCUUUGCUGGAUCCUUCCCAGAAGAAUCUCUACAGAGAUGUGAUGUGGGAAACCUUGAGGAACCUGGCCUCUAUAGGAAAAAAAUGGAAAGACCAGAACAUUGAAGAUCAAUACAAAAAUCCCAGGAGAAAUCGAAGAAGUCUUCUGGAAGAGAGACUCUGUGACAGUAAAGAAGGUAGUCAGUGUGGAACAACUUUCAGCCAGGUUCCAGAUCACAUGCUGAACAAGAAAACUCCUCCUGGAGUAAAACCAUGUGAAAGCAGUGUGCAUAGAAAAGUCUCCUUUGGGCAUUCAUCCCUUAAUAGGCACAUAAGAGCUGACAGUGGACACAAACCAUAUGAGUAUGAGGAAUUUGGAAAGAAGCCAUACAUACACAAGCAAUGUGAGAAAGCCUCCAGUUAUCAUGACUCCUUUAAAACACAUGAAAAGCCUCAGACUGGAGAGAAACCCUAUGAUUGUAAGGAAUGUGGAAAAUCCUUUAUUUCUCUUGCAAAUGUUCGAAGACACAUGGUAAUGCACACCGGAGAGGGUCGUUAUAAUUGUAAGUUUUGUGGGAAAGCCUUGGAUUGUCUCAGUUUAUAUCUUAUACAUGAGAGAACCCACACUGGAGAGAAACCAUAUGAAUGUAAACAAUGUGGUAAAGCUUUUAGUAAUAAUGCUACCCUUCAAAUACAUGAAAGAACUCACACUGGAGAGAAGCCAUAUGAAUGUAAGGAAUGUGGAAAAGCAUUCAAUAGUCCCAGUUCCUUUCUUAGACAUAAAAGGACUCACACUGGAGAGAAACCCUAUAAAUGUAAGGAAUGUGGUAAAGCCUUCAUUUGUUCGGGUUCCUUUCAUAGACAUGAAAGAACUCACACCGGAGAAAAACCAUAUGAAUGUAAGCAAUGUGGGAAGGCAUUCUCUCAUCUUCUAAGCUUUCAAAGACACAGGAUAAUGCACACUGGAGAUGGACCUCAUAAAUGUAAGAUAUGUGGAAAAGCCUUUUAUACUUCUAGUUCAUUUCGAAGACAUGAAAGAAGUCACACUGGAGAGAAGCCCUAUCAAUGUAAACAAUGUGGGAAAAGCUUCCGUUGUUCCAGUUCUUUUCGAUAUCAUGAAAGGACACACACUGGAGAGAAGCCUUAUGAAUGUAAGCAAUGUGGUAAAGCCUUCACUUGUUCCAAGUACUUUCGAAGACAUCAAAGGACUCACACUGUAGACAAACCCUAUGAAUGUAAGGUGUGUGGCAAAAUCUUCAUUCAUUCCAGUACCUGUCGAAGACAUGAAAGAACUCAUACUAUUAAUGUAUGA